AUGGACGCACCCGAAUACUAUACUGACAGCCCACCGCCAUACUCAAGCCGGGAUCCCCACCCCACGGCAGGCUCAACAACCAUCACCAGCGCUAACAGCAGCAGACUGGCCGCGAACCGUCCGACCAGCUACCACAUCCACCGGGGAUCAUCUGGCAGCUACAAGGUCUUCAAAGAUGACAUCACACAGAAAUUCAGCGUCGACGUGCACAAGUUCCGGCAGCCGAACCUGAUCGUCCGCCGCGAAACCGCGCAGCUGAUACGCCCCGAGCUCGCGCAUGUAAAGUUCGCGGAGAUGGGCGAUCACUGCGAUAUCGGCAUGUUUCGCCAGUCCGGAGUCAAGGGUUCCAUCGUCUGGAUGCGUAUGACCGGCGACCUGCGCAUGUCCGUUGUGGUGCCGCUCCUGGACGCCCAGGGCGCGGUGAUUCCCAAUACCAGUGUCCGGAGACCGUUUGUCUGGAAGGGUACUUCUAUUCUGACGCUGGAAGAUGAAGAGAGUGGCAUGGUCGCGGCUGUUGUUCAUGAGAUGGCUCAUCUCCCCUCGAAAAUCGCUGCUGUCGAGAUACUUGUCCCGUUCGGCGAGCCAUUCUUUAUCUUGGUGUUGACGGCCUAUCUCGCUCUGCAUGAGAAGUUGCGGAUAAAUACUAAAGUCCCUUCUGGAUAUAGAUCCAGGGGCCAUGCUGCUCGGGCCCAUGCAGGACACUUUGCUGGAACGGCAGGGUUUGCUGGGGGAGGCUUUGCAGGCGGAGGUGCUGGAUUGUAG